AUGGCAGAGAAGAAAAUUGAUGUUGUCGUAGGAGGAUGGCAAGUGAUGGCCACUGAUGAUCACCUGAAAGCUGUGGGAGACAUGGGCAAACAGGGGCGCGUGCUGGUGGAAGGUUUCGCAGUGCAGGAGCCGCCGGUGGAUGCGGAGGCUGCAGCCCAGCGCCAGGCGGCGGUGGCAGCCCUCCUUGCCGGAUUCGCCCACCACCUCCAGGAGAGGACCGCCCAUCACAUGGGGUACCCAUUUAAUCUAGACUUCGACUUCAGCGUCCUCGACCAAUUCCAGAGCUUCUCCAUCAACAACCUGGGCGACCCUUUCAUCGAGAGCAACUAUGGCGUGCACUCUAGGAGGUUCGAGGUUGCCGUGCUCGACUGGUUCGCCCGCCUAUGGAACAUCCAGCAGGAUAAGUAUUGGGGAUACAUCACCACCGGCGGAACCGAAGGGAACCUACACGGCCUACUAGUUGGGAGGGAGAUUUUCCGUGAUGGGAUUAUAUAUGCAUCUUGUGACUCACACUACUCCGUCUUCAAGGCGGCUAGGAUGUAUAGAGUCGAGUGUGUCAAGAUUGACACUCUUGUUUCCGGAGAGAUGAACUGCAUAGAUUUUAAGUCCAAGUUGUUGAUGAACGCAGGGAGGCCUGCGAUUGUCAAUGUGAAUAUAGGAACGACCGUCAAGGGAGCCAUUGACGAUCUUGACAACAUCAUAAGAACACUAGAGAAAUGUGGGUUCCGAGAUCGAUUCUACAUUCAUUGCGAUGGUGCUCUGGCUGGCCUUAUGAUGCCAUUUAUCAAACAAGCACCAAAGGUGACAUUCGACAAACCUAUUGGAAGUGUGAGCAUCUCAGGCCACAAGUUCAUGGGAUGUCCAGUACCAUGUGGUGUGGUAAUAACAAGGCUCGAGCAUGUAAAAGUGCUCUCCACUGACAUUGAAUACAUAUCAUCUAGAGAUGCGACGAUCAUGGGGAGCCGUAAUGGGCACUCGCCCUUGUUCUUGUGGUACACCCUGAACAAGAAGGGUUGCAAAGGCAUCCAGAAAGAAGUUGAGAAGUGCAUGAGAAACGCCCGUCACCUUACAAGCCGUCUCAGGGAGAAGGGGGUGAGUGCAUUCCUAAAUGAGCUGAGCAGCACGGUGGUGUUUGAGAGGCCGCGGGAUGAGUCAUUCAUGCACAAGUGGCAGCUUGCAUGUGAGGGGAGCAUUGCACACGUUGUGGUAAUGCCAAAUCUAAGUGUGGAGAAACUCGACGGCUUCGUCGAAGAGCUCGCUGUCGGAAGAAGGAUGUGGCAUGAAGAUGAAGGGUUUAGCGUGUUGUGUGUUGCAAAGGACAUUGGGGAAGAAAAUUGCCUCUGCGAUGUGCAUGACAAGAAUUCAAGAGCCACAUAA